CAUAAUUUUCCCUUAUCGUUUGUGUUUCUAAGGUACCAUCAAAAUAUUUAAUACCAAAGAUGUCAACUCUAGUUCAGCAAGCAGCUGAAAUUCACAAUAAUGGGAGUGACACGGGAGGCCAGCCACAGAUCCCUGAAAAUGUAGAGCUGUAUCAGCCAUAUGAAGGCAACCAAAUCACUCUUCCAGAGAAGGCCCAAUGCCUUGCAGUGAAAGCUUUUCUGAAGAUGUGUGACAUCCCGUUCCACAUCAUGCUACGCAGCAAUGCAGAGCAAAUGUCUCCUUCAGGUGAAUAUAGGAUCAACCAAUAUGUAUCAAGUUGUUUUCAUUAAACUAUUUGGUCAAUC